AGUGCCCAGCUAACUUGACUGGGAAUCGUCGGAAUCGUCGUUCGAUUAGCGCCUUGUGACACCUGUCAAAUUUCCCGUAAACAGGUGAACGAGUCCGCGACAGUGUGAUGUCUGUCUGCUCGGCCUGCUGAUCUGAUGAUACUAUGUGUUUAGCUAUCUCCGGGCACUGAUUUUUGGAUAAAUAUAGUGUGGUGCGAAAAUAACAUCGUCCAGAAGAAACGAGAAAAUGGAUAUGACACCAACGUAUUGGGAGGAAAAUUCGAACAUUCAACGCGUGAAGUAUGAAAGAAAAAUCGAUCUUACACAAAAUAAGUACUUCUACGCUUCUACCAAUAUUUGAUGGGUCUCGCUUCCACCAAAAUUUGAAGGGCCUCGCUUCCACCAAAAUUUGAAGAGCCUCGCUUCCACCAAAAUUUGAAGGGCCUCGCUUCCACCAGAAUUUGAAGGGCCUCGACCGAAAAUUUGAGAGGAAAGUGGAAUAUUUUAGGCUGUUUUUUGUCUUUUCAAAUUUUGUAUCAGAAUUAUUCAAACAAUAUUCGUUUGUAGCAGAAUUCUUCAUUAAAAAUAUAUGCGAAAUGUAGAUGAAAGUGAAAUCGAAGAGAAUGUUCUGGUACUUGCAUAUCUCCAAGAAGUGUAAAAAUGAAGCAUCAAUCUUUGAGAACAAUUCAUUUAAAUCUGUGCUAAGCAUGACAAUAAACGUGAAACAAAGUUGUGGUUCACAUGACGAAACCAGAAUGAAAGACGAGCGAGGAAUAUAUGCUUGUUGUGAUACGAAUUUAAAUUUUUCCACAGCGACCUGUAGCGAAGACGAUUGUGAAUAUGGACCUUAUAAGAAAAAUAAAGUUGCUAGACAAGAUCCAAUGUCGCACCGCAUUAUAGAAAAAAGGAGGAGAGACCGAAUGAACAACUGUUUGGCAGACUUGUCAAGAUUGAUACCGACCGAAUACCUGAAAAAAGGUAGAGGAAGAAUCGAAAAAACAGAAAUAAUCGAGAUGGCCAUCAAAUACAUGAAAUACCUGCAACAAGACCACGCCACACCCACAGAACAUUAUAGGCUGGGUUACCAGGAGUGCAUGUCGGAAGCGAUGCGCUUCAUGGUGGAAGUCGAAGGCCGCUUCCCGCGCGAGGCAGUCUGCGUGCGCCUGCUGAACCACCUGCAGAAGCACUGCGAGUCCGUCUCGCGCGCCCCCGCUUUCGACCCCGAUCGGCUGUCGUCGGAGCACAUCGUGCCGGGCCCGAACACGACCGAACCGCUGCCGAACGGGGCGCUAUCGACAGGAAGCGAGUAUGCCGGGCCGAAAGCGGAGCCCGAGGCCAAUAACAACAACAGCUCUUUCGUUGUUAGGCCUAUAGACAUCGACGACUCCACCAAAAACGACCAUUCACCUGAUACGGACUAUGAAAAACAACAACCCGAGAACAACGGAGCGUUGUACAAGUACAAAACUAACAUUAAACUGAGGUUCUCGCAAGAUGUGAACGGUGGCAUGCAAGAGACUACCAAAAGAGAAAAGCUGGAGAACGGGAGGAGGACCUCGCUAACCAGUAUCGAAACACAAAGUAUGAGCCACAGUUCUCCUCCGAGCAGCGAGCCCUGCCACCGGAUAUCCGACAGUGAAACCCAUCGUAGAUCCCCCUCAGACAACAGCACCUCCUCCACCACCAACAACAAUAACAACCACCUCAAAUCCGAUCUGUCUCGAAACGAGGCGUCACAAAGAUAUUCGCCCGCCCUCAAACGCCUCUCAACCCAACACAAUUUCAACGUGCCCAUCUUCGUGCUGCACGCCAAAGGGUCGUACUACGUGCCCUUGACCAUCGACUACAAGACCCUUUUGCCCUUUCUGCAGAACUACGACAUUCUGGAGGUGUUGCCGAGCAUGCACGUGUUGCAUCCCGUCACCAUCAACGUCAACUUCACUCCGAGUUUCAAUGGCGAGAUGAGUACAAAGUACAAAAGUGAAUGCAACAGCUGGCAUUAGGCAGGGUAUGUGCGUUCGAAAUUUCGGACGCGUAUGGAAAAAAUUCGUAAUUGGACGCAAAUCAUCUGGAAUCAGUGAGGUGGCGCGGCCACCAGUAUUUUCAGCUCAGCGGCUGUCAAAAACGACUAUUCUGCAGUUUUCUAUGAUGUCGACAAAUUGACUGUAUUUCAGAGGGGUAUUUUCUUGAUAGACCAGGUUCAAAACGUUAUGAAAUCAUAAAUUCCCUUGAUGAAACUGUGGCGUCAUCAAUGAACGCAAUCGAUUCUGGUUAUAAUUCUGAAAGAACGGUUCAGAAUCGAAAGCAACUCUGAAAUAGGGUUUUGAAGUUAUGAUUAUUCUAAUGAAUAAAACAGACAAUGAAAAAUCGAUCUUGAUGAAAGCUUCCCUGAAUUAUAUGAGGUUAGUAUAUUGAGUUUCUCCUUUUCCUAUCAACCUCAAGGUUUAUCAACAGUUGCUCCUCUGAAUGGAAGAUUCAUGUCUGGAGUCUAUCCAACAUAAGAUGUGUCUGAAACGAUUUUUCCUGGGAUCCAAAUUCACAACCUCUGAGUAAUUGAAAAUUGUGCAAAAUAAAUUCCUGAGGGUCGUGCAUUGUUGGACAUCGAUUUAAGUUUGUUAAUAAAGAGGAACAAAUUGUUGAAUGAGGAUCGGUAAAAGGUGAAUAAUUUCCAUAUUGAUACUUUAAAUUUUUGAAACUAACAAAUGUUAUUUCAAAAAUGUCUGCCUUCCUGAAAUAGUUGAAUGACGUCACCUUCGAAUACGGCUCAAAAUCGACUUUGAAUGCGGUUCAACAAGAGAGAAAAAUCUCAAAUUUCAACAGCCGACAGCGAGAUGGGAGAUGACCAAAAAGUACGAAGGAGAAUGGAACAGUUGACGUCAACUUCACUCUAAGGUUCGAUAACGAGAUAAUAAACAAGUACAAGAACGGUUACACUAUUUGGCAUUAGGUUUAAUUUCAUUCGAAAUUUCGGACGCGUAUGAAACUUGAUUCAAGUCCUCUGUUGUAAGUAGGGUGGCGCCCGCUUCAGCAUUUUUUGCGGUACUCGACUGAUGAAAAGUACCAUGUGUAUUUCAAAUACAUAAAAGGGGUGGAAAACCCUUAUGAAAGGUGAACUUAUGAGAAGGUGGUUGCGCCACGAUUAUUGGAUUGAUUCCAGCAUGCUCAGCUGUCAAAAACGACUAUUCUGCAGUUUGCACUUUACACCUAUCCUGUGGUAGGUACUUUUUCUGUAUAUAUGCUGGAGUUUGUGAAGGGUGAAGUACUAAAAAGGCUGUGAUGGUCAGAGGAAUUUUCCAAGACUGAUUUGAAAAAUAUAGUCUGUAAAUGAACCAGGUGAAGUUUUUAACUGUCUUAGUGUAAAGAUUAUACACAUGUUUGUCAGGAUUUUUUAUUUUGUGUGUUCCUGGAAUCUUCCAUGUGAAUGUAAUAUCGGGUUGAAAACAAUGUUUUCAGAUAAUUCAACCUUGAAAUUUGAGUAAAACUAAAAUAUAUUGCCACCACGCGAUUUCUGAGUAUUAUUUGGUUGUAAUUCAUUAGGUCAUCAUAAUUCAGUUUUGGAGGUAAUCAUCGCAUGAAAAAUGGCAGAAUUUUAAAAGAUCACAACUUGAUAAUCAUGAUGAAGCAAAAGAAGCAUUGUUUAAUUCACUAUUCUACACAUUAAAAAACUAAUAUGAUUUCUCUUAUUUCUCCACAAAUUCUUUUCAAGUGAUAAAACUAUGCCUUAGAAAUCAAAAUUUGCAAGUGAUCAUUAAGUAAAUAAACCAAGAACCAAACAACCAAAACCAUCAUACUAUCAGUAGAAUGUUUUACAUUAGGUGUGUAGCUUGGCUGUGAGUGUUGAAAGAUGUUAUUUAUGAUGGUUAUAAUUGGUCAACUUUUUCCAAAAAGUAGGAAUGAAAACGAUCUGUGUUCAAAAUUUGCAAUUUGUUGGUAUUUAAAGAGGCUCAAAUUUGAAUUAUUGGUUAUCUUUUCAAACUGUUUGGUGAUACUGUGACCUGUUAGUAGAAAUAAAUGAGAUAAAUCAAUACUCAAGUUAAAUAUUUGCAGGAUUGUUGAUAGGAAUAGAUCCAGUGUACAUUUUGUUCUGAUUUUAGGAACUGAAUUAUAAAAUAUCAUAUUUGUAAUGUAAAAAUGUUGUUGUUGAAUAUUGAAAUGUUUCAUUGUAUUUCAUGUUGUCACAAAGUGUAAAUAUUUUAAACUACCAACACUGAAUGUGUUUAAUAAUGGAAAUAAUGAGUAUAUCUUAUUUUUAUAUCUACAUUUUAUAAAUGGUAUAGGCAGAUAUGAUUGUAAAUAAUCUCAACUAAGAAAAACAAUAACUGUUUAAUAAAAUUGAAAGAGAACCAAUACUGGAGUAUUAUUGAAUAUCAUAGGAUAGGAGUAUGAAUGAAUACUUUUAAUAAUAACAUAAGUGAUAAUGAUAACUCAUGAUGACUAUUAUGUUCAGCAUUUCAAUAAUUCAGGAAAAGAGCAAAACAUGUUAGGAAAAUAAAAUCCAGAACACUGGAGAGUAAAUAGCUAUUCUUCAUUCAAUUUUAUUCAGAAUAAGAACAAAUGAAGGUAUAA